AUGCUUCCUCCCGUCGAUUCUGCAGUACUUCAGCGGAACCCCAACUUCGAAGCCCUUUACAAAGACCUCUGCACCCGGAAACUCAACCCCGAUGGCUCGACGCAGGAGAGGAAAAAGCAGCGCAUGCAUGAUGACAUACGGCGGAACCUCACAACUCUCCGCACCAACCUCCACACCUCCCGCACCCUCAUCCAAACCCUCUCAGACCUGCCCUCAAAAGCCACCUCCCUACCCCCAGAACUCCAUUCCGUAAUCGAACUCGCCACCGCCCAACUAAGCGGCUACAUUCCCCCCUCAGACCGCGCCAUCCUCGCCGCCGACAUCGAAACCUUCCUCUCCCACCUCCCCACCAUAUCCGCCGCGCUCUCCACCCAACUAACCACCAUCGCGGACCUCCUCUGCACCAUCUGCGAUCCCAAGAAUCCCCCGUCCAUUGACGCCCUCCCCGCGCGAGCAGAGAAACUCCGGGACGCCGCUACCACCGCCCUCCCUGCCGACCUCGCAGAAGCAAAACUCCAUCUCGCAAACACAGCAUACGCCGUGCUCACCACCCACCGCACCCUCCUGCAGACCUCCAUACGCAUCCUCGAGCAAACGCAACACGGCACCCUCACGCGCACCACUAAAUCGCGCGCCGAGCACCUGCAUGCGCGCGCCGCGCUGCUCGGGCUGCAGGCCAGGAUACACACGCACACGCAUCCGCCGCCGGCGGAGUUUGUCGCUGCGCUGAAGAACUUCAAGGCGGAGCAGGGAGCCAGCGAGAAGGGGUUGAGGGAUCGAGAGGCGUUGGCGAGGAGGGAGUUGGAGUUGUAUAGGGGUGCGGGGGAGAAGGGGAUGCGGGAUUUGGCGAGGAGGAAGGUGUGGUUGAGGGGCGAGAUUGAGCGAGUGGAGGCGGAGAUUGGGAGUUUGGAAAGGGGGGAGUGA